CGCCGUGCCGUCAUUAUGCCGCAAAAGAUUGCUAUCUGUCGUAAGCUUUAGUCCAGCAGCAGAGGUCACAACAAACCACUCAGUAUGGGAGGUGACCACGGCCACAGCAAGCUGUCCAUGCCAGACUGGCGGCAGUGGAAGGCAGAGGGGACACCACUGGAGUUCACACAGCAGAGGCUGGCAGCCAGGGGCCUGAAGGACCCAUGGGCACGUAAUGAGGCAUGGAGAUACUCAGGCGGCUUCGCUCGCGCCGUGACUCUGUCAGAUGUUCUGCUGAAAGGAUUCAAGUGGGGCUUUGCUGCCUUUACUGUUGCUCUGGCUGUAGAGUACGCCCUGUUCCCACCGAAGAAGGGUGGCCAUUAAUACUCAUCAUUGUCCUCAAGACCAUAAUGGAGUAUAAUAAUAUUAUGUAUUUUUCUGUUUAUUAAAUGUCUUUUUGAUCACUA